AUGGUGAGCAAGAAAACUUUAGAAGCCCGAAAGGCCUUUUAUGAAGAAGAUGUAGAAAAAUCAAAAGAAGCACAUGAUUCAUAUCAUAGUUUAGACAAACAUGGAGAACAACAUAGUCUUGAUAGGGACAACCUGAAAACAAUAAUUUUUGGAAGUUUGGAUGGAAUAAUCACAAUUUUUGCAAUUGUGUCAGGAUGUGUAGGUGCGAAAAUAACACCUGCACAAGUUAUAAUCAUAGGUAUUGGUAAUUUAUUUGCAAAUGCAAUUUCAAUGGGAUUUAGUGAAUAUACGAGUACAACUGCACAAAGAGAUUUUAUGUUAGCAGAAAAAAAAAGAGAAGAAUGGGAAAUUGAAAAUUGUCCAUCAGAAGAAAAACAGGAAAUGGUAGAUAUUUAUAUGAACAAAUAUAAAUUUGAUAGUGAGGAUGCAAGAAAUCUCGUUGAAAUUACAUUUCGAAAUAAAAAUUUUUUUUUAGAGCAUAUGAUGUCAGAAGAGUUAGGACUACUCAUUACCCACGAGGAUAAAAACGAAUCACUUAAAAAAGGAAUUCUCAUGUUCUUAAGUUUUUGUAUCUUUGGUUUAAUUCCCUUAAUUUCCUACGUGGCUUACACAUUUUUUUUUCAUUAUACGGAUUACAAUACCUCCUUUAUCGUUGUUUUUGUGUCAACAUUGAUUACUUUAUUUAUCUUAGGCAUAUUUAAGUCACAAUUCACUAAUCAGAAGCCUAUUCAUUGUGCCCUUUGCAUGGUUUUCAAUGGAUCCAUUGCUGGAAUGGUUCCAUUUCUAUUGGGAAUUUUACUUAAAAACAACAUUGCAGAUUGA